AUGUAUAUAUUUAUUUUUUUCGCCUUGGCUUAUGCAUAAAUCGAGUGUAACAAGGAUGAUUUAGUAACCACUUGUUCAUUGAAUUCAUUCUCAGCAUACAUGGUAACCUAUGAGAAAAAGACAUCUGAUACAAUGUUCCUAUUCAUUGGUGCCAAACCUGGUUAAAGUGCUCUAUUCUUUGAUCAAUUAGGCGUGGGUCCAAAUUCAACUUAUGAAAAGUGGACUGAUCUAGGCCAUUUAAUGUUUCUGGAUAUUUAAGGAUCAGGUUACACAAUAAUUACUAAAACUCCAAAAUCAAUAGCUGAAUAUACGUAGCAGUAUGUGAAUGCCUUUAAUACUUUUAAAGAAGAAUUAGACUAUAAAUUCACUCGGUUGUAUAUUGUCACAAGUGGGAUAGGUUCAAAGGUGGCUCUGGAACUCGCAUUAUAGUUAUAAGCAUAUGGAACGAUUUUGUUUUCUCCAUUAUUAAAUCUUUUAGAGAACAUGCGACAAUUGCCAACCACAGCUUAUCAUAUGGGAUUGAUUGAUUUUUAGGAGAGACAAUCCUUAGAACUUUAAAUAAUUAGUUUGAGUCAACCAAAAUAUAGCGAUUAUCAAAUUUUAGUUAACAAAGUUUCCAAGAUGAGUGGAGAUAUGCAAGUAUCAGAUUUCAGAAAAUAUGAGAUGGAUAACUCCACAAUACUGUUGACUGACAUAAUGAACACUCAAGAAGUCAGAGACAAAUAUCAUGCAAAACAACAAUUUUUUAAGACAUUCAAUAUUGAUGUCUUUAAUAAUAUGACCGAUUCCUUAUCUUAAAACAUUGAUUUGGAUAAAUAUUUGAAAUUAACCAAAAUAAUAUGCUUGAUUCCAUAAUUCUCCUUAAGUACAAACAUACAAGGAACCUUAAGUUAUCUUUUGUAAUUCAAACAAUUUAAUGAAUUACCCUUUGUACAAUAUGUUAAUGAACAUAAAUAUGCAAUUUAUGUAAACAUUGGAACCAUUUACAUAAUUUAUAACAGUGGUGACAAAAUCUAUCAGGAUUAGUAAGAGAUAGUUAAAAACAUAAUAAAAAAAUUAUGA